AUGACUGUCAAGAAAACGAGAGAAGAGAUUAUGGCUGACUUCGAGAACGAGCAGCUUCGUAUCGAAGCCAUGGAGCUCCACAUCGACGGCCAUGACGACAAGCCUCUUGUUUAUCACCGCGAGAUGGAAGACAUGCCCCAGAGACUUCACUUUAUUCUUCCUGAAAACUGUGUCUACAGUGUUACUAUAAAGUACAAGGUCAAGAAACAGCCUUUGAGAAAUCUCACCUACAAGCAGAUGGUGAAGAAGGCUGGAAUCGUUGUCAACCUGAGGAAACUCCAUAUGGGAGACGAAGCACAUGUCAACAUUGACCAAGACGACCAUACUCACGAGGUUACGUUCCCUCCUGACAAUGUUCCUGGAGGUACUUUCUUCAGAGGUAAGCACCCGGCUGUGAGCACAGUAUAUGCUGACGGAAAAGAAGUGUGGAAGACUAAAUGGUACAUUGAGAUUGUUAAGGAAGGAAGUCUUCCCGAGAUCGGUGGGUACUAA